CGCAAGGAGGAUCCUCCCUGCGGGGACAGCCUCGACUGCCGCUACCCCAUGGGCAAGCGCUUCGCCAAAGGGGUCUGCCAGUGCAAGCUCAGCGCCCAGGUGUGCGGCAGCGACGGCCGGACCUACGACAACAUCUGCCAGCUGAAGGCGGUGAGCCGCAAGGCCCUGCAGCACGGCUUACCCGCCGUCGCCCAGGUCCAGAAGGGAGCCUGUGAAUCGGGUCAUCUACAGUCCAGCAGUCCAAGGUACAAAUUCAACUUCAUAGCAGAUGUGGUGGAAAAGAUCGCACCUGCAGUUGUGCACAUUGAACUUUUCCUCAGGCACCCUCUCUUUGGUCGAAAUGUUCCACUUUCCAGUGGAUCUGGCUUUAUUAUGUCUGAUUCUGGUUUAAUUGUGACCAAUGCCCACGUGGUGUCAAGCACGAACGCUGUAUCAGGCAGACAGCAAUUGAAAGUGCAGCUACAGAAUGGAGAUACCUAUGAAGCAACCAUCAAAGAUAUUGAUAAGAAAUCUGACAUUGCAACAAUAAAGAUUCACCCUAAGAAAAAACUACCAGUAUUGUUACUGGGACAUUCUGCUGAUCUGAGGCCAGGAGAGUUUGUGGUGGCAAUUGGAAGUCCAUUUGCCUUACAGAACACUGUGACAACAGGUAUUGUCAGCACUGCUCAGCGAGAUGGUAAAGAACUUGGCCUGCGGGACUCGGAUAUGGAUUACAUUCAGACAGAUGCUAUUAUCAAUUACGGCAAUUCUGGAGGACCUCUAGUUAAUCUGGAUGGUGAAGUGAUUGGGAUUAACACCUUGAAGGUCACAGCUGGAAUUUCUUUUGCUAUUCCUUCAGACCGCAUCACACAGUUUCUCACAGAGUCACAGGACAAACAAAGUAAAGAUGGGAAGAAACGUUUCAUUGGCAUCAGAAUGCUGACAAUAACACCAGCCUUGGUGGAAGAACUGAAACACAAUAAUGCUGACUUUCCAGAUGUCAGAAGUGGUAUUUAUGUACAUGAAGUUGUUCCAAACUCACCUUCUCAUAGAGGAGGGAUCCAGGACGGAGAUAUUAUUGUUAAAGUCAAUGGGCGUCCUUUGAUGACUUCCAGUGACCUGCAAGAGGCUGUGAUGAAUGAAUCACCUCUACUACUUGAAGUGCGCAGAGGAAAUGAUGACUUGCUAUUUAACAUUGAGCCUGAAGUUGUCAUGUAAAUAGAAUUGAGGAAGCUCUCACCAUAAUUAAACUCACUUAUUCUGGAACACUAGAUACCUCCUUUGCAGCUACAGUAAUUAUACUUCCUGUUGACUAAUGACAAGGUGGACUAACUUAAUUGCCUGAGCCAUUUCUGUACAUAGUAGCUAGAAUGAAUUCAAUUAUGCCAUUUAUAGAAGAUUUAACUUUCAAAGAAAUUUAAGAACUGUGUUCUUGGGAGAAGGAGGACGAAAACAGAUUUUGAGUAGCUGGUAGAAAUGGGUCCACUUCCUGUUCCUGCAGGUUCAGAGCAGAUUCAGUUCUGUGUUUUGAAAGACCCAAAAUACUACUGGAAGUGAGGAAGCCUGCUGAAAAGGGAAAUUACUCUUAAACAGCAGUCAUGGCUGCAGCAGAACCAAGCUAUUGCAAUGCACAAUUGAGCUUUUUUUGUAUAACUUUUUUCAAUGUGAAACUAGUAUUGGCAAAGCUUGUAUUUGUUCUCACUGCUUGUAUGCUACGAGUCAGUGCAGGUAGAUUAAAUCUGUAAAUAUCGCCAGGAACAAACAUGGUGUCAGGCUAUAGAGUGUUACACCUAGGUCAUGCAAUUUUGGAAUAUAGUAAAUGAUUCUUAUAGAAUUAAUGCCUUAUUAUAUAUAAAUCAAAACGAUGUGCUGAACAAAGUUAAGUUUGAGAAAGUACACAGUUUUUUAAGAACUUGAUACAAAUCAGUUUUGCAUUGUACUGGUAAGCUUUGCUGUAGAAUUGUUAUACUACUUUUGGCUUGUACUGUGUAUGUUUCUACUGUAAGGAGAUUAAAGUUUACACAAAUAAUACGUUGGUG